AUGAUCAAGGUUUGGUUUCUACUAGUCUAUAUUGGCAGUGUUGUGGCUUGGAGUUACAUGGAACAGGACAAAUGGACAGAUAAAUUUCCCAUAUGCGGUUCUGUGCAGCGGCAAUCGCCUAUUGCUUUUAAUACAAAUGAGGCCUUGCUAAAAAUUACACCACCCAUGAAAUAUUCCCAAUAUGAUGUACAGUAUUACGCUAGCAUAAACAAUAAUGGUCAUGGCAUCGAUAUUCGUCUACAGGAUUCAACAGAUAAACCCACAAUUAGUGGUGGCCCCUUACCUCCCGAUGGAAUAUUUCAAUUCGAUAAUGUUCAUUUUCAUUGGGGUUCUGAUGAUGGUCAAGGUUCCGAACAUUUGAUCAACAAUAAGCACUACUCGGCUGAGAUACAUGCUGUGCACUAUAAUACCAAAUAUAAGGAUUUACCUGAAGCUACACAAUUUCCAGAUGGUAUUGCUGUUGUAACCGCAUUCUACCGAACAAAUUCUUCAGCGGACUUUAGGGGGUUACAAAAUAUAAGCAGUACAGUACCACCGCUAUCUAAAUCUUUGUUUAGAAUCAAAAAUUUUAAAUUGGCGGAUUUAUUUGGUGGUUUGACGUCGGUGGACAAAGGUUCAUUUUAUAGUUAUGUUGGAUCGCUGACCACUCCGCCAUGUUCGGAAGUUGUUACAUGGAUUAUUUAUAACAAACCCCUUGAUGUUAAUCCCAAGCAAUUGGAACAAUUCCGUUAUGUCCGCGAUGCACAUGGUAACCUGUUGGUGAAUAAUUAUCGUCGAUUGCAAUCAACAAAUGGUCGUAAAGUUUAUUUUGUGCAAUAUUGA